AUGCUGCCACCCAACUGCUCGGUGGCGCACAGCUACGCGGCGGAGGUGGCCACAGCCUUGCUGCUGCUGCUGGAGUGUGCCCUGGGCACGCUGGGCAACGCCGUGGCGCUCUGGACCUUCUUCUUCCGUCUGAAGGUGUGGAAGCCCUACGCCGUCUACCUGUUCAACCUGGUCCUAGCGGACCUCCUGCUGGCUGCCUGCCUGCCCUUUCACGCCACCUUCUACCUGCGGCACAAGACCUGGGGCCUGGGACGUGCGUCUUGCCAAGGGAUGCUCUUCCUGCGGUCCCUGUGCCGCGGGGCGGGUGUGGCCUUCCUCACCGCCGUGGCCCUGGACCGCUACCUCCGGGUGGUCCACUCGCGGCUCAAGGUCAACCUUCUGUCCCUGCGGGCGGCCUGGGGGAUCUCGAUCCUGGUCUGGCUCAUGAUGGCAGCCCUCACCCUCACCCACCAAAGCGUGUUCCUCUCUGAGGCCGAGUGCCCCAGUUCCGAGCCCAGGACGGAGUCCUCCUUCAGUCUGAUCUGGCAGGAAGCCCUCUUCUUCCUCCAGUUUAUCCUUGCCUUCGGCCUCAUCCUGUUCUGCAGUGCCGGCCUCAUCAGGACUCUCCAGAAGCGGCUCCGAGACCCACACAAGCAGCCCAAGCUGCAGAGGGCCCAGGCGCUGGUGGCCACGGUUGGGGUGCUGUUCACGCUGUGCUUUCUGCCCAGCUUCCUGGCCCGCAUCCUACUGGCCAUCUUCCGAGGGGCGCUCAGCUGCGGGGUCCUGAGCUCCAUGGUCCACGCUGCUGACGUGACCGGCAGCCUCACCUACCUGCAGGGCGUGCUGAACCCGGUGGUGUACUGCUUCUCGAACCCCACCUUCAGACGUUCCUACCGCAAGCUCUUCUACACCCUCACCCUCAGGGGCCGAAAGCAGGAAGCAGAGGCUCCGGGCUGUGAGCUCAGAGACUCUUACUCCUGA